CGGAACAGCUGCUUGAUGACAAGCGGCGGCUGGCGGCGGAGGCGGCCGAGCUUCGCGGGCGCGUGGGCGCGCUGCAGCAAGAGCUCGACAACAGCGAGAAGGUGCAGCAGGACUUCGUGCGCCUCUCGCAGUCGCUGCAGGUGCAGCUACAGCGCAUCCGCGAGGCGGACACGGAGGUGCGCUGGCAGCACGACGACGACGUCAGCGAGUGCCCCGCCUGCCGCGCGCCGCUGCCCAACAACAAGAAGAAGGUGCACUGCCGGCACUGCGGACGCAUCUUCUGCGCGGCGUGCGCGUCCCACCAGGUGCCCGCCGGCCCGCGCCGCACGCCCGCGCGCGUCUGCAGCGUGUGCCGCACGCUGCUGCAGCCACACACCGCGCCCUACUUCAGCACUGAGCCGCCGCACUCGCCCGCCUAGUCACAGAGUGGGCGGCACACACGUGCGAGCGUCUGCCACGCCUCGAUGACGCACACCGCGCCUUAAUGCAGCACUGAGUCGCCGCACUCGCCCGCCUAGCGUGCCGCCCGCCCUGCCGCCGCCCACCAGGCGCCCAAGCAAGCCACAGCCCUGCAGCAAGCGUGCGAACGUAUGCCCUGUUCUUAAGACGCAAACCGCGCCGUAAUGCAGCAGCACGGCGCCGCAUUUGGCCGCCUAGCGCCGCCAGCCCUGCCCGCCCGCCCUA